AGAAAUGGAGGACUCGAUUCGAAGCUACUGCAAUUCCAUGGCCUCCUUCUGCAACCACCUCCAGAGCAGCUGCGACGCCCUCAAGACCUCCAUCGACCGCCGCCCCAUCCCUCUCGCCAGCGCCUCCUCCACCUUCAUCCACUCCCUCAACCGCCGCGUCUCCGCCGCCAGCGCCCACCUCAACCUCCUCGAAACGAUGUCGUUCGACACCGUCUCCUUUGAGGAGCUGCUCGGUCACUGCAACGAGGUCUACAAGGACAACCAAACCCGCCUCCUCCACCUCCAAGACCGCCUCCAGCCCUUCGGUUACGUCCCCGAAAUUGAAAUCGAUGAGGAUGACGAUGUCUCAACGCCGAUUACUGAACAGGAUGGAUCGGAUGCGCCUGAGGACGAAGACGAUUUAUUGGACGAGUCAUUAAGUCUGAAGAAGCUUGGGCUUUCGGAUGCUUCCCUUGCCACUCUAGCAUUCCAAGCUAAUGCUAGAAACGAGGAUCAAGAUGUAUCUUUUCCUUCUAAGGACAGCUCGGGAGCGUCUGAAGAUGGAUCAUUCUCGGAUUCUGGGGAAGCAGAGGAUAAGCAAAUGAUAGCGCUAGCUCCGUUGCAACUAGUGAAGGUUUGCAGGGAUGAUUACGAGUGUCUUCCUUCCUACAUGAAAAGUCUAGCGCCUUGGGAGGACCUGCUUGCUGCUGUAGAGAAGAUCAACUCGGGCCUGAAACAGAAAACAAGUGGAGGAAAUCUCUUCCACCAAGAUGAAAUUUCAUCCUUGGGUUUGGGGCCUAAAGCUAGAUCUUUUUUGCUGCUGCUUGUACGAAUGAACCAAUUAGUUGUUGAGACAGUAGAUGGUGUGAUAUCCUACCGAGUUUUAUAG